UAAAAAUUGCUUCAAAUUGUGGUGAAACGAAAAUGCAUACACCUGCAUACAAGAAUGUACGUCUACGUUUUGGCUGACUUGCCCGCAUUGAGCUACAUUUUUGCGCAUAAUCGUUAAACUUUCUUACGAGUUUUCCUUCCAUCGCGUCACCAAAAAUGUCGAAACAUUCUGAUAAUGACAACUUACGCAACGACAUCUACGAAAAUCUGCCCUGCCAGGCUAUGUACAAUGACGCCGUACGUAAGAUACAACAGCAGAAAUCUGCCCAAUCCAAUACAAAUAAUGCGGUCGCUGCAGCAGUUGCUAAUAACCCGCUCUCUCAACAGCUACUGCUAAAUAAUAUCAGCAAUCAGAAUGCAGCCAACUCCAAUCCCAACACCAACGCCACUAACUUGACCAGCAACAAGCAACAACAACUGCAACUACAGCAUCAACAUCAUUCGCCGUUAUCACUACAACAGCAAUCAAACAAUAAACACUAUGCAAAUAACGAUAUCCCCAAAGAAAUGCUCUACGCUACACCAUUACGCAAAUCGGAUCGCUACAAAAGCGGCGAACGCAUACGCUUUAACAGUUCGGGAACUCGUGCACAUACGGGUGGGAGCAAUCACGAUGCGCACGACACCAAAUUGUCCAAUUUAAUGGAAUACAAACAAAUCAAUUCGAAAGAUCUAACGCGGCUAUGCGGUCGUAAUGGCAAUACAAUACCAGUAACUGAUCUUGAUGAUGACACGGCCUUGGACGGCUGUUCGUCAAGUGCGCUGGUCGGCGGUUCGCAUUACUCGAAUCAGCCCGCCUCAUUGCCACCGCUGCCCAAUUCCAAUACACCCAGUCAUCAACUCGAGGAUCGCCGCAUACUCAAUUUCCUAAAAGACACCACACAGCUGCAAAAAAAGCUGGAAGUUUCAGGACGUGAUUGUCCCAACGCCAGCUUCUCGAAUUUGGCACGCGAAGAACACUUUGCUAAUUUAAUGCAACAGAAUUUUCCCAUCGAAACGGCGCGCAGCAAUGGUGGUGCUGCGGCAGAUGUGAGCGAAGAACGUAGCAUUAGUACCAGUGUUGAUACGAGCGCGUCGGUGUUAACAGAAACUGCUGACAAUUUGGAAAUACUAAUGCAGAAAAAGAUUUCGCCUGACAAAGAAGUUAAUGGUAUUGUGUCGGCAUGCGGUUCAAAAAGUCAAACACUGACUACGCGGCGCUGUCAACCAGUGUAUAUACAUCGAGAAUGGGUAUUAAAAAAGAUAGCACUAUGCUUGGAGCAACGUACUGCAGGUAAAAAGAACAUGCCUGGUUUAUUAAGCACUAGCUCCGCUGGUAAAGCUGAAGCUGUUGGCGGUUUUAUGGCAGCACGUGCAAAGGCCGCCGCCAUAUCCAGUUCAACUUACAAUGGUUGCCUGGUGUUGGGGUCCAAUGGCUCAGGUAAGACUUCCAUUUGCCAAGCUAUCAUGAAUGGCAACUCUGGCACGAAAGGUAUACUAAAUCGCAAACUACUCGCCUGUUAUCUAAUUGAGUCGCAAAACCCAGAAUGUCACAGCCUUUCGCUAUUUAUACGUAAAGUAAUUCUACAAAUACUGAGCCAUUCCUCGCUUAUUACAAAGGACGAAUGUCAACGCGUUAUCGAUGAGGGGUUCUCCUUUCUGAAAGAGGAGGCACAACAACAAGAAUCAAAACUCGACGAAGCUAUGAACAAUAUAACAUUGAAUGAGAACGUUGAAGACAUAUUAAUUGCCGAGCUGAGACGUGGCGCAAGUGAUUGUGAUGCCGACACACCAACGCAUUUCCAGCAACGACGCACAUCGACUAGCAACAAAAAGUCAUCCAAUGCAUGUAUCAUGCGCCAGAAAUCUGAACCGACACCAGUAGAUACCAAUGGCGCUACAGCCGAAGGCAAAAAGUAUAAUAAUUAUGGCACGCAUCCACCAACAACGGCCACCAGAGGCAAUGUCAAAGAGCGCAACGAAGAUAAAGACAACGAAACUGAAAAGGAGAAGCGUAACGAAACAGAAAAGGAGAAAAGUUCACCGUCGACUUCGUCGAAGUGCAGUCCAGGCAAGAAAUCUAAGAUUCCAGUCAAACUCGGGCGUUCAACCGCCGUUGCUUCACCGGUCAAGGUGACUGCCAAUAUUACUCCCAACAACGGCAGUGCUGCUAUACAGCACGGUGGUGGUGAAGACAUUGCUGAUAUGGUAAGUGAAGAACUAAAAAGCGAGAUAGAAGCAGCUAUAAAUGCGGAUGACGUUGAGGGAAACAGUACCACUGAGGCGAAACCAAAAUCCGAUAAUGACGAUGACGAAGAUAAACCAGAGGCAGAUAAAAAUUUUGAAACAGAUACUAAAGAAUGUAAAGCAACGAAUGAAAAAGAAGACAUCGAUGAGGAGGAUAAGGAAAAUUGUGAAAACCUCAUAGAUUUUGAACAGCGUAGCAAUCGGGAUGCAACGGAUAGUUAUAUGCACCCUAGCAUCGCAGGUUCUAGUAUGAAUACGCUGCCUCCACCACUACCUAAGCCAAAAAGUUGUCGCACCGUAAUUGCAGAUGGUUACUAUGACAUGUUACUCUCCAAUCCGGAAAUACUAGAGUGCUUAAGCGUUGACAACAUAGAAAAGAAUCCAGAUGAAUGCUUCAAGAAAGCGCUACUCUUUCCACUGCUCGAGCUUACACCACCAAAGACGGCACUAUUGCUGCUCAUCGACUCUAUAGAUGAGAAUUACAUCAACGAAGGGAAUUUGAUUACCACCCUGAAAGGCGGACGCGGUACGACAACCAAUCAUAAAAGUCGUAAUGUCGCGGAAUUGUUGUCCAAUCACAUACAUCUCUUCCCGAAAUGGCUCUUCCUUGUGUGCACAACCAAAAAACAGACUAAGCAAAUUACACGAAUGUUUACGGGUUUCAAAAAGAUCACAUUAGAUGAUUUGCGGAAGUCACAUGUAGUUAAGGAUGUACAGGAGUACAUCAUUAAUAGAUUGAAUUCGGACUUUAAGGAUAGUAUUAUGCUCACAAAAGAGAUAAUUGAAUCACUACAUCAACUGUAUAUCAAGUCAAAUGGUUGCAUACUCUAUUUGGAGAAAGUUUUAAAUGGCAUCAAGGAGAAUUUUUUUAGCUUUCGCGAGAUCAAAUUGAUACCAUGUACACUGAAUGGCUUAUAUUUAUACAUUUGUCAGAAGUCCUUCAAUAAAAAGCAAUACAUGAAAAUACGUCCACUUCUGAAUGUACUGCUCGCUUCAUCGGGAUAUGUGGACAAACUCUUCCUUUUCAAUUGUCUACGGACACACAACUAUGUAAUCGACGCAGAAGAAUUCGAAAAACGUUUACAUCUCAUGAAGAACAUUGUUUCCUACGAUACCGAUCAACAACGGUUGAAGAUUUUCCACAACUCCUUUUCCGACUGGCUGGUUGACGUGAAGUUCGCAACCAAGAAAUUCAUAUGUGACGUCAACGAAGGUCACGUGAUGGUCUCAAUGUACUACUUGCUGGUCGCGGACACUCUAUGUGCCAAUAAUGUACGAAAGUUCGUAUACCAUCUUAUCAAAUCGGGCGAAUAUCUCACCAGUCGUAAUGUUAAUUUGGAUAUUAUACUCAUGUUACUCGAAUCUCGACUCAAUUUGAAUGACGCAUUCUAUACGAACCAUUUGAACUGCUGCUCGCAGUGCGAAAACGAUUUCAAACACGAUCCAAACUUUCUACCCAAGACUCGUAAUAUGAUUGAGAAAUUCCUGGGCAGCGAGUUGACCGACGAAUUUUCGCAAUUUUUGUGUGACUUCUUCAAGCCGAGCUUACCAACAGAUGCAAAGAUACUAAAGCUGUUAAUCGAGACGGGUAUUAAUAACGCCGAGGCGCAGAAUUCUUGCGAAUCUUCCCUCAUGUCUCCUGAACUCUCGGAAAAAUCUCAAAACAUAGAUUUUGAACUGGCUGAUCUGCUGAUCUCAAGUGAGAAAUCGUGCAUAUUGGAAACUCAACGACCCACAAGUCCAUCUGAGAAGAGUGAACCACAUCAGGAAAGUCAAGAUGAGAAUGCUUCCAGCACGCUACACCAGCUCUCUGACUCCAAUCGCAUUGAAUUACACAAAGGCAAGGCACUCAUACACAUCCUAGCCAAUGAUGGUAAUCACCAACUGCUCGAGCGUGCGCUGAACGCCUGCAAAGGACCCAUUGAUCUCGAAAUUGAAGACUACAAUGGACAAACUGCAUUGAAUAUUGCUGCACGCAAUGGUCAUUUAGAAGUUGUUAAAUUAUUAUUGAGUUUUUCACAACCCUGCAAUGAUGGCACCGGCCGAAUGAAACGUGUCGAUGUCAAUCAUGCCGACCGCGAUGGUUGGACGCCAUUACGUUCCGCCUCUUGGGGUGGUCAUACGGAGGUCGUCAAGCUAUUAAUCUCACAUCCUGCAUGUAAAAUUGAUCUGGCUGAUAAGGAGGGACGAACCGCCUUGCGAGCAGCCGCUUGGAGUGGACACGAAGACAUACUAAAAAUACUCAUCGAAUCCGGCGCCGAUGUGAAUUCUGUAGAUAGGCAGGGUCGUACCUCCUUGAUCGCUGCCUCAUAUAUGGGUCAUUACGAUAUUGUUGAGAUUCUUCUGGAGAAUGGUGCCAACGUUAAUCAUUUAGAUUUGGAUGGGCGAAGUGCCCUUUGCGUGGCUGCCCUCUGCGGUUCGUCAGGCUAUAGCAAAGUUAUAUCGACGCUUUUAGAGCAUGGCGCCAAUACUGAUCAGCUCGACAAUGACGGCAUGUCGCCACUGUUAGUGAGUUCUUUCGAAGGUAAUGCCGAGGUUUGUGAGUUGUUACUGGAAAAUGGCGCAGAUCCGGAUUUGGCAGACUUCAUGGGUCGCACACCGUUAUGGGCCGCCUGUACCGCCGGCCAUGCAAAUGUCGUAAAAUUGCUUCUUUUUUGGGGCUGCGGCAUCGAUUGCAUGGACUCGGAGGGACGUACUGUACUUAGCAUUGCAGCAGCGCAAGGUAAUGUAGAAACUGUGAGGCAACUACUCGAUCGCGGACUAGACGAAACACAUCGCGAUAAUGCCGGCUGGACGCCAUUGCAUUACUCGGCAUUCGAAGGCUUCCACGAAGUAUGUCUGCAGUUGCUGGAGUCGGGCGCCAAAAUCGACGAGUGCGACAACGAAGGAAAGACUGCGCUGCACCUGGCGGCACAAGAGGGCCGAACCAAGUGUGUACAAGUGCUACUCGAAAUACAUCCAACAUUUGUCGAUCAAAAGGCGCAUGAUGGCAAAACAGCAUUCCGCCUGGCCUGCUUGGAGGGCCACUUGGAAACUCUGCAGUAUUUGCUGAAAUUCUGUUGCGAUGUGAACGCCAAGGAUGCGGACUCACGCACUACACUUUACAUACUAGCCCUGGAGAAUAAACUAGAUAUAGUUAAGUACCUGUUGGAAGUGACCAAUGUCGAUGUUAAUAUACCGGAUAGCGAGGGACGCACGGCCCUGCAUGUGGCCGCUUGGCAGGGACAUGCCGAGAUGGUCAAGAUGCUUAUCACAAUGGGUAACGCGGAUGUGAAUGCUAUGGACUUGGAGGCUCGCACGCCGUUGCAUUCAUGCGCCUGGCAAGGCAAUCAUGAUGUCAUGAGUAUAUUGUUAUACUUUGGCGCAGUGGCGGAUCAUGCAUGCAAACAAGGCGCGACGGCGUUGGGCAUUUCAGCGCAGGAAGGACAUGAGAAAUGUGUAAUCGCUUUAUUGAAGUACGGGGCUAAUCCAUACAAGUCAGAUCAUUGCGGACGAACACCAAUCAAAUUGGCCGCCAAGUCGAACCGCACUAACAUAUUGAAGAUUUUUGACAAUUUCGCAAAAAGCGAUUCUAACAAUCUAGUCGAACCAGCAAAAUUCCACCCGAGCAUGCUUCGUUCACCUGAUCAGCCACCAGCGCUACCUGCUCAUCAAAGCCUCGGUCUGGGGGCACCAUCAUAUCCACCACUUGCUUCUGCUCCAUCGAUCUGCUCGGCAGCCACCACAGCCACUGUGAAUAACAGCAUGAAUAACAACAACAUGCAAGUGCCAUCAAAUAUCCUGAAUGCAUCAACAUCAACGCAUAGCUCAAACAAUUUCUAUCAAAACACAAUGCAAUCGGACACAAGCAGUUUGCAUAAGCGAAAAAGCGUCAUCUCUAGUCAGUCCACAGGUAGCAGCAAUGAUCAAGCACCGCUCACUUUCACCCAGCAACUGCAGCGUCAAACAAAACUUAAUUCGCGCAAUAAUCCCUUCGUACAAAAUGCGCCCAUCAUUAAUUCGAAACAUGGUGGCGCUUCAGCAUCUAGCGCCGCCGCAGGUUCUAUGCAACAGCAGCAGAAAGUACAUCACUCGCAGCGGCAUUCUCAAUUGCUGCCUGAUCUCAAUGAACAUCAAUUUGUUUCUGGCAUCGGUGCCAACGAGGCUGAUCUCUAUGAUAUGGAAUGCAUGUCACCACUAUACGCUACGCCACCACACUCACCAAGUAGUGAACUAAGUUCUCCGGGCCAACUACCCUCACUGAAUGCGUUCGAUGAAAUUGCCGGUGCGUCAGGCAAUGCCGGUGCAAAUAAUACAAAUGGCAGCAGUUCUUGCGGGAAGUCAGUACUGCCAGAUAACCACUUUGCACGAGACACUCAUAUGCGCAUAAUUUUGGGUAAUUUAAAGGAGAGCCAGCCGAGUUCUUCGAGUAAGAGCAAACGCAGCGGCAUUACAACAAAUCCUGCAAUGCGUCUAAUACGUAGCCGCUUCGAUUCCGCUGCACAACUGAUACGCCGCACCAACAAUAUGCUUUCUUCAAACAGCAAUCAGGGAUCCUCAAGUAUUGGAGUGAAAUCGGGCACGUUUCAAUGGCGAAAGGAAAGUCAAAUGUAAAAUAAAAUGUGCGAUUACUCGUAUAAAAAACUGCAAUAGUUAUAUUUAUGAGCGUAUAUAUUUAUGAACAGUAAAAUUAACAAUAAUUAAAUUGUGGUUGCAUCCUCAAACUUAUACAUACAGACAUAUAAAUAAUUUUUAAUCGAUGAUUAGUCAUAAAUAUAUGUAUUUCCUUUGGUUAAGUAAAAAUGAUUUCGAUUUUGUUUGUGAUAAUUAAUUAUUUAAUUUGGUGUUUAGUUGUAAUUUAUUUGUUUUUAUGUUUGUGCUUUUAAAUUACAACUUAACUUUACAAUUUAUUACUUAUCUAUAAGUAUAUGCAAUUUAAAUUAAAUUCAUAAUUUAAGUCGUAAUUAACUGAAAUAUACGGUAUGUAGAUCAUUACGAAAAUUAGAUUGCAAAAUUGUAGCGAGAGCACAUGAAAUUAGAAAACCACAUACCAUACUCGUAUACUUAUUGGAAAAUGUAAAACGGUAUGAAUACAUGAAAUGAAGUUUACUAUUAUAAGCACAUAUUUAAAAAGAGCUCACCGCAUAUUUGGAUGUAGUAAGCAAUAAUACGAGACAAAACUAAACAUAUUACAAAGGAAUGAAGAUUGAAUGCGAAAACGAAAUAAAGUUGCACGCAUGAAAUUAUAAGAUUUAAAAGUGUAUUUUGAAAAACAGAAACACUAAUAAAAAACUUGUUACAAAGCCAAAACGAACAAAAUCUUAAAACUUGAAUAUUACACAAUUAGUGAACCAAAUAAAAAAAUUUAACUGAAUAAUAAAUAUUAUAUGAGAAUGAUGAAGAAUUUAGAGGCCUACAUAACAUAACUGAAUUUCUCUUUUGAAGCAAUACACGCAAAUUAUAUUAUAUAUGUACAUACAUAUGUACACAAAUAUACAUACUCGUAUACUUACCACAUAUGCAUGCACCAGAAAGAAAUAAAGUAGAAUUACGCAUUCCGAUAGUAAUUUUGUUGAUAAAUUCCCAUCACGCCUUUGUUUACCUUUUUCACAUACUCGCGAUUUCGCAUAACUUAAAUUAGAAUUUGCAACUUUAAAAACCAAAUAAAAUAUACAUUUUGUUGGAGCGAGUGGCCGAGAAAGAGGGAUUAAAAAUGUAAACAAAAUUUAGACAACCCAUUUCCAAUGGAUCAGAAUAAUAGAAAAGGACAUAAGUGAUGCCAGCUAAGCUAGGUUGAAGUUGUUCUUCGAAAAUUGCUGGUCAAACGCAAAAUCUUCACCUUGGCUUAAGUAUAAAGUCAUUCCUGUGCAUUUUCAAUGGCGCGUGCCACUUAAUACUGAUUUAACACUGCCUCAUAGUUGCAUUACACAAAUUAUUUGCACGACUAAAUACUUUCUUAUGAUCAGUUGUGGUAAUCAAUACAUCUCGAAUACACUCCAUAUUUCUGCCAAUUAUUUAUCCCACAUUCAUUAUAUCUCUCUUAAUUCCAUUGCUUUGCUGUGAAAAUAGCCAAUCAGUAAAACAAUACCCUAACUACUUUCAAUUCAAGUGCUCUGAGUCAUUAACAAUUUGGCAAAAAAUGUAUCGUUUCAAUAUAAAUUUCCAAUAUUGACGACAACCAAACGUUUGGAAAUUCUUAAACUACUGCGGUUUCUUUUUCGUAAAUUUAAGAAAAUUAAGUAGUAAUAUAUUAUAUUUAUCUAUUUAAGUCCAACUUUUUAUUGAUUAAUGGAAUUAUUCGCUUUUCCAUACGUAAAUUAUAUUAAUUCAGCGUAGUUGAAAUGAUUUAAAUUAUAUUUAAAUACUUAAGAAAAAAUCACAAAUAAAUUUCGAAUAUGCAUACACAUAUACAUACAUACAUACAUACAUAUGAUACAAAUGCAUAAGGAAACUAGGAGAGCGAAAAUACAUAAAUAGUUACAAUUAAAAAUGCAGAUAUGAGAUAUACCAUACAUACAUAGUUUUGUUUUGCAUUUAUUUCAUUUGGUUUUAGUAUGGGCUACUAUUAUUUACUAUAGAUUGGAUGGUAGAGUUUUAACACACCAAUUUGAAUUUUCCUACCUAACAUUAGGCCUUUUUUAUGCGCCACUUCUCUGCUCGCUAUCUCCCACUCGGCUAACUUGACGAGAAAUUACCAUGUUAAAGCAACCAUGUGUAAUUUUAAGCAGCUCUAUUCCAGCGCUGCCAAGAUAUGUUUAUUUAUACCGGUUGCGCUAUUCGCUGGCGAAAAGAAGAGGCCUAUUCUAUAGUAGAUAUGGGCUUGUUCGUGGUACGUAAUAAAACCGCCAGUAUUGCAACCCUGAUGCAAAUGCUGAGCUGAUACUUUUGCGAUAUUCGACACUUAUUUUUCAUAGGCAGUUGAAGGGGAAUACCUAAAUAAAACUAUUAUAAUAAGUAGGAGAUUAAUAUGAUAUUUUUCUUCAUGGAAAAUAUUUUGCUCAAUAGCAAAGAAAAAGUGAAGCAAUCGUACAUACAAAGUUUAUAUUUCUUGUAAAAGACUUUGCGCCCACCAAAAGCCAAAUUUUUGACAGUUAAAACGAUAUACUUUUGGCAAAGUUACCAGAAUUCCACAUAGAGCGUAAUACUUUAAAAAAUUCCACAACAGUGCGACUGUGAGUACAACUCGGAUAAGCACUGCAUUUGAAGGUAGUCGGUCGACUAGAAAAUGAGUGCAUGUAUUCGAUUCUUAUUUGCAACUUACAUCACAAUGUAGAAAAUGUUUUUUGUAAUAAGGAACGUUCCUCGACAACCAAUAACAAAAAGCACUUCAUAAAAGUCUUCUACCGUUCGAAAGUUAUAUUAAAGUGAAGUUCCCACCGUAUGUGGGAUCCACCAUAAGACGCACACCACAAAUUGGAGGCGAAGGGUGAUAGAAUUACACUGUGGAACAAAUUCAGGUUAGCAAAAAUUAGGUCCAUUCUGAGAGUGGCGGGUGAAAAUAGAGGCGAAUUUAGAAGACCCGUAUCGCGCCGUUUUUUUAUAUUAGUUCGAAUUUUUUUUUAAUCGGCAUUCGAAGUUCGAAAUCGGAGCAAAAUUGUUUAUAUGGGUUUUUGGCUAUAACUCGUCGACUAAUUGAUAUUUUUUCAAUCUGUAAAAGCCAAAUUAUUGCUAGAGACCUGUGCAACAAUUACAAUUUUUGAAAAAAUUGAUUUCGAAAAUUUUUGUGGUACUUAUGAAACAAUAUACCGAAAAUCGGCUCCGAUUUCGAAC